AUGCCAAAAGACGACGUGUUCAGCGUGGAGCGCAUCGUCAAGAUGCGCAUGCGGAAGGGAAAACGCGAAUACCUGGUGAAAUGGGUCGGCUGGCCGGACUCGGCAAACACCUGGGAGCCGACGAAGAACAUUCUCGACCCCACGCUUUUCGACAUUUUUCACGAGGAGCAGCAGGAAGGCAAGAAGCGCGACUCGAGCGGAAGCGGACGGAAACGACGGAGUACCAAAGACGGAUCAGACGAUGAGGAAGAUGAGCCAGUCCUCACGACGCCGCGCCAUCUCGAGCCACCAGCAGUCGCCGCAAAAAUCCUCCUCUCCGAUGCCCCGACGUCAUCAAGGAGUCCAGAAAAAACCCCGACCAUCCUGCCCAAGCCGACCCCAACCGGAAAUGGAGCCCCAAAACUCGUGCUCCUCCCCCAGACCACGGCCGCCGGGGCCCCGAUCAAGCUGCAGGUGACCCAGGAGCAGGCCAAGCUCCUGAAGCCUGUCCAGCUGCCGGCGCACUUUGACUUCAAGACCCUGCAAGCCGCCCCGAGCACGGCCGGCCCUGACCAGCUGCAGCCGAAGAUGUUGAUCUUGGGCGGACAGGCUCAAGCCGUUCAGCCGCACGAGGCGAAGCCGCUAAUUUUGGGCGCGCAAACUUCCGUCGUUCAAGCCCAGGAGGUGAAACCGCUAAUUUUGGGGCGGACUCAAGCGGCCGAGCCCGUGAACUUGUCGAACUCGUCCAACUUGACGCCGCCCGUGGUGAAGCAAGAGCCAAAAUCUCCAAAUGUGCCGCGUCAAGAGGACCUGGCCGUACAGUCCGACCACGUCACCGUCAAGGAGGAGCCACAGUCCCCAAAUCUUCAAAGGGCAGCAGCUCCGCAGGGUCAAGACGUUCAGAAACCCGGUCCGAUCUAUGAAUUUCCGGAAGAGGGGCCGCUGGAGAUUGCCGAGGAGCCGGAAAAGACGGAAACCGCCCCGUUGGCUACGAUAAAGACGGAAAUGUCGGAUUCUGAGAGCAUGCACACACCAGCCGGCGACGUGACCAAGUCGCCGACGACGCCGUCGUCGCCGAUAAAGCCGCCACCGCAGAUUCGGUUCUUGAAGAAGCCAGCAUCGUCGGUUUUUAAGGACCUUCCCCAAAAACCGCUGCCCAGCACCGGGAGUAGCAAAUGCGGAGCGAGCACGAGCACGAGCACGAGCAGUCCGCUGGGUACGGAAGAAGGGAGGCGGCCAAGCUUCACCCAAAUGCUGGCCGAGAACACGGCCGAGCUGCACAAGCCGGCGCCGAAGAAGAAGAAGAAGCCGUCCACCGCGAAGCCAAAAUCGCCCACCAAGAAAGAGGAGGCUCAGCUCGACAUUUUUGAGUCGCAGCCCCGUUGGCCAGAGCAAUGGGCCCACCAGCCGAGGGCCAAGUUGAGCGAGCACGAGCUGGCCAACAAGGAGCAGAAGAUGUUCAUCCUGGACGGGCCGAAGAAGCGGAAGGCGGAAGGGGAGAAGGGUCCCGCGGGGGUGCCAAUGUUCCAGAUUGGGGAGUCGCUAACAGGCCACAUGAUGGACGCACUGCGCGAGGGCGCCAGCGUCGGCAAGGUGUUCGUCGCCGAAUCAAUCGAGGCAAUGAAGGCCAAAAACGUCGAGCCAACCCAGGCCCACCUCGUCAUUUCCGUACAGAAACGGAGUAAGCAACAGGAUGUCGAGGAUUUCUAUCAGCAACUGAGGCAGACGGCUGAAAAUGGUAUGGAUUGGCGCGCCAUCGACCUUGCUGAUCCACUCGCCCCUCCCGGCGUCAUCACCCGAGAAUAUAUACGCGAAGACGGGCAGAGCCACCGGCUGUAUGAUUAUAGCUACGUG